AUUUAUUUAAAUGUUCAUAAAGACAUGAGCUUGUAAUAAUUCAAAUAUAACUUGCGCCUUUGCAUGCGUCUCACUGUCCCUCUGAGGGGCUCUGAAGGAACUCCGUCAGGAAGGCCUUCCAGUUUUGGCGGCGACGAUAACGAGUCGAGGGGAUCCUCGAGGCACACCCAGACUAAGAUCAAAGAUUUUUUUUCCUCCCCUCCGUUUUCCUUUGUAUGUACAUCUUCGUCUUCUCUCACGUUCGUCUGCGUCUUCUUUGAUCCUUGUAAAAGAACAGUCCGUGACGCAGGGGGGAGCUUCUUUAGUCUUGCUUCUCCUCCAGCUCUUUCUCGACCCCCGAAUCUUCCCUCUCUGACAUUGCUCCCUCUUCUUCCCUCUGUCGUUGCUCUCUCUUCUUCUCUUUUGUUCUUGCUCUUCUUCCUCUCUUCCUCCGUCUGACCUCCUUCGUCAGCAUCUUGCCUUUCUUCGCCGACUGCUUCUUCGGCUUCCUGACGGCGAAACAGACAUGCGUUUGCAUUCUCUCGAAAGGACUGCGACGCUGCACAGCUCAAUGGAACCUGCCUGUCUCACCAACUCCCUAGACUCUUCUCUCUCUGCCUCCUCCUCUUCAGCUUGUUCUUCCUCUUGCAUGCAAGAUGCGGCUGCAGUUGGGGGGCAAGACAGCGCAGGAGUCCUCAAGCCAAAGAAGGCGGCGUAUCGACAGAGAGCACACUGCAACCCACUCGCAGACUCGUACAUCGUUUAUCCCAGAAGUCCUGACUUCGUCGACUGGUCUCGUCACUUCCCUGCCUUCUUCCCCGGCAAGGCUGAUACACCCGCCUCUGUCGAGCUCGCUCUCAACACGGAGCAGUACCCUGUUUCGUAUCCUUCUCGCCAGCCGCCUCACUUGAACGGAACAGUCGGCUCGCGUGUGGAGUUUCUUGACGUGGGGUGUGGCUUCGGCGGAUUGCUCGUGUCUCUCGCUCCCAAGUUCCCGACGACUCUGAUGAUGGGCAUGGAGAUUCGAGAGAAGGUCACGAAUUAUGUCGGGGAGAGAAUUGCGGCGCUCCGUAAGGAGCACGCGUCGACUGGGCAGUUUGCCAACGUCUCGAUCAUUCGGACGAACGUGAUGAAGUUCCUCGUCAACUAUUUUCGCAAAGGCCAGCUUACGAAGAUGUUCUUUUGCUUCCCCGACCCCCAUUUCAAACGCAGCAACUGGCGCCGGCGUAUCAUCAACACCCCCGUCCUUUCUCUGUACGCCUACGUCCUUCGUCCUGGCGGACUUCUUUACACAGUGACAGAUGUGGAGGAUUUGCAUCGGUGGAUGCGCAAGUCGUGUCUGCUCCACCCGCUUUUUGAGGAGGUUCCCCUGGCAGAUUUGAAAGACGACCCGUGCAUUGCAGCGAUUGAAAGCGAUACCGAGGAAGGCAUGAAGGUCAAACGCAUGGGGCAGCCGUGUUACACUUGCGUUUUCCGGAGGAAAUCCGACUUGCCUGUCGACUAAGAACCGCAUGUCGAGCGCUUCGCCACAUCGCAGUCAACUUUCUCGUUCCACAGCCUGCUCGGAUACGGCGGGGGUUCGCGGCCAAGACGCAAAAGGCGGGAACCUAUUGUCUGAAUUGUUUAACCGAGUAUCAACAUAGAUGCAGAGAGUGCCGGCACACAUCUUUGGGAACUGCGAAAAAGACUGGGCUUCGUCGGCGCCUCACUUCGCGUUUCCUGCAUACAGCUUCCUGUCGAGGUUAUGGCGGGGAAGUUCAUGCUUGCGCAAGGCGGUCUGGUCGAAGGACCACACAGACUGAAUCACGCUGGUUGGUGGUUGUCUUUUUUUUUCGGUGGGGGGGGGGGGAGGGACGACGCAAAAAACUCAAAGUUGCUGCGGAAAUUCUGCACAUCUCUGCGGCUGAAGUGGCACA